UAUUUCUUUGUUCUUCAUUAACAUAUGUACCUAAAGAUUAUCAAGAGGAUGUCUCAUAUGAUAUUGUCAAUUAAUCAUCAGUAUUCAUCUCUUCGAAACGAAGAAAAUUUAUUGUUCAAAGGAAAGCCUAUUGCAAUGAAUAUAUCAGAAGUGAAUGUAGUCAAUAAUCUACUUGAUAUAGAGGCUGCUGUUCGAAAUUACGUAGAAAUAUUAACUGACGUGGGAGUCGUGACUGUAUUGGUGCUAAGCGUCGCUCCAAUACAAGAUGCAGCUUUACCAAUCAUCGGUUACAUUACAUAUAGGCUACUUCUUCAUUAUUUGCCCAUCAUAUAGAUCUUGAAAUUUUUCUCGAUAUAGGUUAGGAAAACAGAACAGAAACGAUAUAUAUCAAAAAUGUAUACGUGUUCCAUUCUGCAUUGAGUGUUUUGAUUUGUUGUGUAUAUUUAAAAUCAUGACGAGUCGAUUUUCUUAUUGUGAAUAAAAUAUAUUUUUAUAUUUUUAUUUACACGAUGAAUAAAUUUUAUGUGAUUGUU